GCAUUCAAGCCCAAAACAGAGGCGAAUGAACAUGGAACGAAGCACCCAUUUUCCCAAUCCAAACCCUCCAUUUCUGCGUUAUUUCGAAUCUUCUUUAUAUCAUUUCAUCUCCCUUCAAUGGCUUCCACAAACCACAUAACUCAAAAAACCACUCCAUCCCCAUAAUUCCACUUUACUUAAAACUUCCGUUUUUCUCUGUUCCAUGGCGACCCACCAAACCAGACCACCUUCUACGCCUUAUUCACCUCUAAACGAGCAACAAGAUGACCUUCAAGACGUCGACGAGGCUGUUCCCUCAAAUGGGUGUGGCUGUUUUCGGCUGUUCGGGUUCGGAUUCAAUCGGAACGGGAAUUACGAACCUAGAAAUCUUCUGCAACAGAAACAGGGGCGGGAAGAGGAGAGUUGGAUGGUGAGGAAAUUGAAGAAGAUGAAAGAGGUUUCGGAAAUGGUGGCUGGACCGAAAUGGAAGAAUUUCGUUAGAAAAAUGGGUGGGUAUUUGAAAGGGAAGAAACAGAGGAACAGAUUUCAGUAUGACCCAGAAAGCUAUGCUCUGAAUUUCGAUGGCGGUUUUGAUGGAGAAGAAGAUGAACAUCAUCCGCCAAUUGGGUUUUCUUCGAGGUUUGCUGUGCCUUUGGCUUCUAGGGAACAACAUUGAAGGAAUUAAUUGACUGAUUCAUUGUGAUUGUUAAUUGUUUGGAUUGAUUCAUUCUUGUGAUGUUAAUUAUAUAUAAGCAUAUCAUGUGUUAUUUGUUAUUGUGUGCAUAUAUAUAUUGAGAAACUUCAAAAUUUUUGUACGACCUAAAUUUCACGAAUGAAAUAUCUUUUGAUCUCGA